UAUCUAUUCAUCUAUUUAGAUGUAGACUAUAAAAUAACUAUAUACACAGAGAAGCACAUCCUCCGGCUUUCAUGAAUGGGUCUUGUUACUAGUCACUGAGCAUCUCUGAUGGCUUCAGGGAGGAGGGGGGUGGAAGCUGUCCUCGAAUCAAUGAGCCUGUUGAUCAGAAAGGACCACUGGACGGCUAAUGACACAGUUCACUGAUCAGUGCGAGAGAAAAUAAAACUGCUUUCACCUCCCGCCCUACUUAAGCCCGACGUUCCUGCCGAUUUGUCUUCAUUCUACCUCAAGAUGCUGAAGCACCUGUCUGAGCCCGCCCUGGUUCGGACUGCAGCUCUCCUGAUGGUUCUUGUUCUGUGCGCUGAUUCACAGGACUACUGUUAUGACAAGACAGAUUGUGAUCCCUAUGCGUGGGGAGACUCCUUCUUUUUAUGUCACCCUUUACUUGAGCUCCACCACUCUCCCAUCAACUUGGACCAUCACAUGGUCCGAAACAACUCUCUAGGGCCGUUACAUCUUGAGGGUUUUGACGAGAUCCAAACAGGCCACUGGACCCUUGAGAACGAUGGACACUCUGUUUUGUUACAGGUUGGCAGCGGCAUGGCGGUGAGUGGCGGAGGUCUUCCAGGUGUUUACCACACCAUCCAGCUGCACUUCCACUGGGGAGCCCCGGCGACGAACGGGUCUGAGCACACGGUGGACGGGCGCAGAUAUCCAAUGGAGAUGCACUUAGUCAAUAUGAAGUCCAUCCAUCCCAAUGUUUCUGCAGCUCUGGAUGAUCCAACAGGACUUGCUGUUCUGGGCUUCUUCAUUGAUGUUGUUUAUGCAGACAAUGUUUAUUUUGGCCACAUUUCCCAAAAACUGUCUUCUGUGGCUUACAGAGGCCAAAUGACUAAAGUAAAGCCGUUCCCACUGCUGAGCCUUUUGCCGAAGCACAACAUGAGCCAGUAUUACCGUUAUUCUGGCAGCCUCACCACCCCACCCUGUUCCCAAGCAGUUGUUUGGACUCUCUAUGAGGUCCCUAUCUACAUCUCCUGGUCCCAGCUGGCUCAGUUUACCUCACAGAUCUUCUCCACAGAGGAGGACGCAGAGCAGGUGACGCCUCUGCAGAACAACUUCAGACAUCUCCAUCCUACCUUCAGCCGUACCGUGUCUGCCUCCAGAGAUGCCGGGGUCCUCAGGGGGACAGCCGGUCGGCCGCUCGGUUCAGCGCCGGUGAUUCAUCUGCUCCAGAUCAUUGUGCUAGGCAGUGUUAGCUUUAAACUUUAGCAUUCCUGUAAUCCCAGAACAAUGUGUUCCUCAGAUUUAUAUAAAACAUCACUGGAAUGUGUCAAAGUGUCCUCUGUCCCUCCUUUGUCUUUGUUUUGGUGUCUUCUUUUAAGUCUAAUUUCUGGAAAAUUUCUUCUUUUACAUAUUUUUACAUGAACUAGGUCUUAGUAGAAUGCUACCUGCUAUUAUAGCAUUGAAGUGAGACCCAAAAUAGCUCUUAAAUAAACUUGUGUUCCUUUAUUUAGAUAGAUGUCUCAUUAGAAUAGGAGGUAAAGUGGAGAAAUCCACCAUGAAAUGGUGAAGAAGAGCUUUGUAGAAUUAAUUUCAUGAUUCAUUUAUCUGCACAGUUAGUGUGUAUUGUCACCUAAAUCUGUUUUAUUCCAGGUGCUGUCUAUACAUUGAUAACCCAAGAGUAUGCCGCUCAUCAAAAUUGUACAACUCCAAAAAUAAGAAGCCUUUUCUGUUUUAGAUUAGGUGAUCUUUAGAUAAAACACCCAGCCAUCAUGGAACAGAGGCAUCGGUAAGGGUGUAAAUAAUUAUAAAUAUCUAAAUCUUUGCUCUGACUGAGAUCUAGUCUCACCAGCAACAGCGUAGACUUGACAAAUUCAAAACCAGGCUUCAAGUUUGGAGAAUGGCUAAGAAGAGUAAAUCAACUGUCUUCCAGAAAUAUUCACAGCCAUUAAAUGUUUUCCUAUUUUUAAUCUUGAAACCAGAAACAAUGGAUUUUAUUGGAAUAUUAUAUGAGUGGACCUUCCUGAAUUUAUUUCAAAGUUUUCCUGUAUUUAGCUCCAUCCAUCAUCCCAUCUAGUAUGACCAGCUUCCCUGACCCUGCUGAAGGAAAAACAUCCCCACAGCAUGAUGCUGCCACCACUUUAUUUCACUGAGUGUAAAGCGAAUAGUUGUCCUUUCACCUGAUCCUUCCACCUGAGCUCUGGAUAUCUGCAGCUCCUCCAUAAUUAUCAUCUUGGCUGCUUCUCUGAUAGUCCUUGAUUGGCCUAUCAAUUUAGAAAAUACUUUUGCAAGGCGUGUACAACAAUAAAUAUAAAGCAUGCUGUAAAUCUUAACGGUCACAACAAUUUCUCUUUAAUCAAUUUAGUCAAAAGGUGUUGGGUCGGGUUUUAUGAAACAAGCAACCGUUCAGCUGCUGCGAACGUUUUUUAGAAUUAAACUGUAAAAAUAAUUAAACUGGAAUGUUGAACAAGGCGGACAAUGAACAUUAAAUUUGAUCUUCAGCAAAAAAGGAGGCAUACUUAAUCAAAUUUCCUCAGCUAUUAUACACGGUGGUGGGCUGAUCAUUGUUUGGGUCUAUGCUGCAUAUAGCCAGUGAAACAGCAGCAAAAUCAUUGUUUCAGGUUGGGAUGUCUAGAAGUUCUUCGCUUUGGAUUCAGGACUGGGUUGUAAUGCAAAAAGUGCACCACCGUCUGGAAAACCGCUUCAAAGCUUUGUCCGGUUCUGAAGUUCUAAUUCAAUCACUUCAUUUCAUUUUAUUUAUAUAACUCCAGUUAACAGCAAAUGUAAUUUGAGGCACUUAACAGGAAAGGUUCAGUUUAUAUACAGAAAUAUAUAAUUUAUUCAGUCUAAUCGCAGAAUCAAACUCAAUAACAUACAUUCCAAUAUACUGUAUAUCCUAGGUAUUUAUUAUGCUAACUGGUUAAAAGCUUUUCCAUCUAAGGAAGCCUGGCCGGUUCUAUCGAGUCAUUAAUUGGCUUAUACUGAGCAAGCAUGUGGCGACAGAGGAAAGGUGCUCGGGAAACAGUUUUAUUCUGAAAUGAAAGCCAAUCAGAAGUGGAUCUUUGGUUACUGUAGUCCAAACAGAGUUAUUCCUCCAGGAUAUAUGUAUAUUGAAAGUAUUUUAAACGCAUGAAAUCAUUUCACUGGAUAAAAGCAGUUGUACUUUAGAAAAACAUGAUUAUCAUGAGAGGAAAAUGCUCUAUUUUGUCUUGACUAAGAGGUCAUUUAUCCUAGAUAAUCAUAUUUACUGUCUUUGAAGACAAAAGGGUCUAAAUCAAAUGGUUGAUACACAGAAAUGCUCUUUCUGAACAGGUUGCUGCAAGCGAACAAUCUUACAAUGGUGGAACAUUUUCAGUUAAAUGUCUUUUGGAAACCAGGUCCCUUUUUUCCAAUAGUAAUUUUUCAUUCCAUAUAUGUCCAAACAGCAGGAUGCUACUGUGAGAAAUGUGUUGCUGUUAAUUUGGGAUUUGUUUAAUAAAUCUGAGAAAUGACAAAGCAGA